AGCAAACAUGCUUCAGAAACCAGGAAAUGGAACAUUGCAGUUGGAUACGGUUUAACCUAAGUACUAAAACAUAAAGCUCAGGUAAUGGCUUUCUUUGGAAUAACUUUUCUAGGUCUUCAGGAACCCUUUCGUGAUAAAAAACUAUCAAUACCAAAAUAUGAAGUGCCAGUGGGAACAAUCCCUCCCAAAUUGGAACUUUUCUACCCAAAGCUCCCACCCAUAGGACAAUUUGGAUAUGGUGACGACACUGAAUACCAGGGCAGCCAUGAGAAAUAUCAAGAGGCUAUCAGACAGAAGCGGCUCAAGAAAUGCCCCAAUCAAGAAUACAGGGUACCACUAACUUGUGCACAAGAUAUUGGUUGGUGGCAGCCUAAGAAUCUAUCAAUCAAGCCAGAAGAUACAUUACCUUGGAUAAAGGUGCCAAGGCAUCCACUGCUGCGGAGCUCCAUGACCAAGUUUAUAGACCACAUGGCAGUCACUGAUCCUCUCUUCAGCCUGUUCUGAGUGCAGCCUAAGAAGCAAGAGAGCCCCUUGACCGGGAUUAAUAUGUGGAAUUAACGAGUUUGUUCUCUCUCUCUCUCCUGUGAGAGGCGGAGACCUUUUUUUGGUGUUUCAAUAAAUCCAGAGCAGAACACAA